AUGGAGGAAGAUUUGAAGAAGCAAGGCGAGGCCAUUGAAGACAAUAGGAGAGCGAUACACUUUACCAAAGUUUCUACCAAGGAGAUGGACAAUCACUUAGAUGAGAAGAUCACAAGUCUUGAUAACAACCUCGAUGGCACCACCAAGAGUCUCAAUUCAAUAACAGCAGUAGCUCAUCAAGCUAAGAGGGAGGUAGCCGAAGUAACCCUAAAGGAGAGGCAAUGUUACUCGACGAUGCUUACAUUGGUGGAAGGGCAAAAACAAGUGAAGGCACAAAUCCGAGAUUUACACAUCUCUCUAGACAAGAGGAGCCAAGAUAUUCAAAGAAGAGCUAAGGAAGACAAAGUAGAUGGAGUCUAA